GGAGAUUUGUACCUAUACGGAUGUGGUGGGAAAUGGACCGGCGGCGGUGGUGAUUUGUACUUAUAUGGAGGUGGUGGGGAGUGCACCGGUGGCGGUGGGGACUUGUACUUGUAAGUGUGGUGGGGCGGCGGUGGCGGAGAGUGUACCGGAGGCGGCGGGGAUUUGUACUUAUAUGGAGGUGGUGGGGAAUGCACCGGCGGCGUUGUAUGUGUGGUGGGGCGGCGGUGGAGGAGAGUGUACCGGAGGCGGCGGGGAUUUGUACUUAUAUGGUGGUGGUGGAGAAUGCACCGGGGGAGGAGGUGACUUGUAAUUGUAAACAGGGUGGUGGUGGUGUGGUGGUGGAUAAUGAACCGGCGGUGGUGGAGAAUGCACCGGCGGCGGCGGAGACUUGUACUUGUAGACAGGGUGGUGGUGGUGGGGUGGUGGAGGUGAGGGUGAGGGUGGUGGAGUUAUGUGGUGGUGGUGCGGCGGUGGAGGGGAGGAGUACACAUACUUGCCGCCGGUGGCUUCAGAUACCAAAGAAAGGGAAACCAAACACACAAGAAGAGGCAGAAGAAAAUAGGCCAUUUUAGGGCCGGCCUUAAGUUUCGUGCCAAUCAUUUCCUAAUUUUAUGCUCUUAAUCCUCCCAAACGCACCUCUCUUUUUAUAGCUCAAAAUUUACCCUCCAUCAACAUCAAACUAAGAUGAAUCCAAAACUUACUUCUGGAUCAAGGCUCCGUAAUUUGUUAAUUUAAUCAUAAAACCGCAGCUGGCUAUGGUAAAAACUAAGAUCAGAUGUAUUAUUAUAGGAGGUGCCAGUAAUGUGUGAUGGAUGACAUGCAGACAUGGUUCGGGUUGUCUUUUAUUGACUUGGAGUUGGUAGAAGAUAGGUUGCAGGCACGUUUUCUGAAC